AAAACUUUGGACUAUAUCUUCCACAUCAAUGCGUAUUUUAAUUUUGUUCACUUUGACUGUUUAUACGUUAGCUUGAAACGUACCCAAAUGAUGAACUAAUUUUGAGGUAGGACAGGAAAAUUUCGAAAGAGCUCAAACCCUAGUAAAAAACGCCAAGGCGUGGAUGCGGUAGUUGGAAAUUGGAAUUAGUGAAGGGAAAAUGUCGAAAAUUGUAACACACCGGAUCCUAACGGGGCGAUCGACGCUGUUAAGGCGGCUGUGUACGGCGGUGGAGGUGAAGAAUGAGACGGCGGCGACACCUGUUGUCCGUAACGAAAGCCAAACUCUGUACAAGCGAUUAUCGGCGUUGGGUUCGGCCAAAGGGAAGGCUUCAGAGAUCUUAAACGAGUACAUUAGGGAAGGAAAAGGCUAUGUCGUCGAGAAGCAGUGUCUUGAAAGGUGCAUCAAAGAGCUCCGCAAAUUUAAAAAACAUCAAUGUGCCCUUGAGAUCAUGGAAUGGAUGGCGAAUAGGAAUGUUAACUUUGGGAGUGCAGAUCGCGCAAUACUAUUGGAUCUCAUUGCAAAGGUCCAGGGAGUUCCAGCUGCUGAGAAAUACUUCAAUGAUCUUCCAUCUAAAGCGCAAGAUUGCUAUACUUACGGAUCUCUGCUAAAUUGCUAUUGUGUUGAGAAGAUGGCUGACGAAGCGUUAGCUCUGUAUGAGAGAAUGGAUAAGAUGCGCUACACUUCAACAUUGUGUUUUAACAAUCUUAUGUCCUUGUAUAUGAGACUCAAGAAACCGGAGAAGGUGCCCCUUUUGGCUGAGGAAAUGAAGAGAAGAAACAUAAAGCUUACCACUUUUACUUACAAUAUCUUGAUGACUAGCUAUCUCUCUUCCAAUGAUAUAGAGGGAGUGGAAAGAGUUUAUGAAGAGAUGAAGAGUGGUAAUGAAAAAAUGUGUGAUUGGACAACAUACAGUCAUUUGGCGUGUGCCUACUCCAAGCUUGGUUUUUAUGAGAAGGCCGGGAUAGCUAUGAAAAAGAUGGAGGGGGAGAUCGGGAGGCUACGUAACCGUGAAGGAUACCACUUUUUGCUAAGCUUGUAUGCUGGAAUGUCUAAUCGAGUGGAGGUGAACCGCAUUUGGAGCUCUUUGAAAUCUCAAUUUGAAGUGACAACCAACUAUAGUUAUCUUAUCAUGGUUCAAUCUCUAAGUAAGCUGGAUGAUAUGGAUGGGCUAAAGAAAGUCUUUACAGAAUGGGAAUUAAGGUGCUCCAGUUAUGACAUGAGAGUUGCGAAUGCUGCCAUUGGUGCCUAUUUAAGGCAUGACAUGGUAACGGAAGCUGAAGAGGUCUUUUCCACUGCGAUGGAGAGGUCAAAGGGACCAUUCUUCAAUGGGCUGGAAAUGUUUUCGGUUUCCUUUCUAAAGAAGAAGAAUGCCGAUCGUGCUCUGCAGUGCAUCGAAUCCGCCAUAUCCAUGUCCAAGGAGAAGGAUUGGUCUCCAAGACCUGAAACCAUCAAAACGUUUCUGAAGCAUUUUGAAGAGGAGAGGGAUGUUGAUGGUGCCGAACGGUUCUGUGGUUGUUUGAAGAAGCUAAAAGGUUGUUAUCUGAACGGUGAUGUGUACAAAUCAGUGUUGCAGACUUACUCUGGUGCUGGCAGAAUGUCACACGAUAUGCGCACGAGAAUGGAGCAAGAUGGAAUUGAUAUUACUGAUGAACUUGAAAGUUUAUUGCAAAAGGUGUGCCCUCAGUGAUUCUACGAGUAGCCUUGAUUUAGCCCGUGAUUUGGGCACUUGCCCUUCUUUGUUAAUCUCAUAUUGGAAACUUAAUCUGUUUUUUGUUCAGGUUACUCUUAGUCAUCCAUCAUGUAUCUGCAAAUCCAUUGCUACUUUGCGAGAAUGACAUUGGGCUAAUGAAUGUCGAACGAUAAAACACUUGGUAAAAUUAUACCAAACUUCCACAAAAGGAAAAGGAAAAAAUGUGGAGGCUAAUUAUGCUGAUGAUAUCAAUCCAAUUUUGCCUAAAUUUGACGUGUCCGAUUUCUACAUGGAUGAUGCUGAAAUUGGUGAUGAGGUGGCCUUUGGUGGAACUACUACUGUUUAAAUAUUUUAAUUUACGCUGUUAUGGUGUGUUUACUUUUAAAAUAAAUGUUUAAAAUCUGUACUUUAAUUUUCAUGUGUACUUGUAUUAUU